AUGUUGGAAGCCAGCCGUGUGCGUCUGCUCAAUAGGCAGACGCAGAAAUACAUGACAAAACUGCGCUACCGCUUUCGCCGACCACAGGUGUUGCCGCUUCGUCAGACAGCCGAGCAGCGGCGCAACACGAUUCUUGAGAUUUUGCGAAAACGUCGGAUAUCCUCGGGGGAUCACUCGCCAUAUCAUUACGUGGAGCAGCGAUUGUACUCAAAGUCGUCACGACUUGAUCGUGAAGGGGUGAACCUCAAUAAAACGUACGCGCUACAGGGGCUUGGUGACAUGGAGCCACUACGAAAUAGCGCCAACUUUGGUCUGUCUGAAAAAGAUGCACUCAAGUAUGAGAGUUGGGGGGAGCGUGCGAAAUACACCUCGCCACCACUUCCGUUUACGCCUCUUGCGGCACGAAAACUCGCUUCAGGUGCAUUCUGGCCCUCAGCGCCUGAACCGACGGGGAUGAUGAGUAAGGAGGUGCGGUUUUUGCGGCAUGCGUCGAAUAUGUCACCGAGUGCCCGUGCAUUCUGUGAGCGGGUGGCGUAUCAUUUGCGCCGUUCUUUGAAGGCGUGUCCUGCACACAUUGGGGAGCGCAUAGACUUUGCCCAGCUUGUCAUUCAGGAAGUUUUAGGGUCACGCCGCUCGAAGGAGAUUUAUGUUGUGUGGUCAACGGUGGAUCCAGGGGCGCGGUUUGAGUUGGAGCCUUUACUUCAUCAAUUGAAUCAUUGGGUUCAACGGCUGGUUAUUUCUCGAGUGAAGAGUCGUCCUCAUAUCCCUCGCGUGUCUUGGAUCUACGAUGGUGGCCGGCUGGAGCGAGAAAUGCCACGGGAAUUGAUGAAUGAAAUGAAGAAUUUUGUUGGUGAGGCCUCCACCACGCUGGAGACACGUGUAAAGUACCUCAAGGAGCUUGACACAAUGAACCAGCGUAUGAAAAACAUCCCAUGGUUUAUGCCGUACCUGUGGAACAAGGAGGAAAAGGCCACACGGCGCAAGCUGAUGGAGGCAGAUUUGGCAGAAGUGGAACGGCGCCAGCGCAAUGAGAACACUGUGCAUCGGAGCUCGCCCCCACAGACGAGCCCACCACCGCAGUUUAUCCGCUAG